GUCACACAAUCGCAUCAUGCACGUCGGUCAGCGUGUUUCUUACGGUGGCGAGCUGUGCACCGUCAGAUACAUUGGUGAAGUUGAGGGCACGAAAGGUGAAUGGGUUGGUGUAGAAUGGGACGAUCCCACGCGCGGCAAGCACAACGGCGAAGUAGGAAACAAACGAUAUUUUGAAUGUCUAAGCAAGGAGCCCAAAGCAGCUUCUUUCGUUCGACCCACAAGGCCUGCGGACAACGAACGUACGUUCAUAGAAGCCCUUCGUUUUAAGUAUGCAUCUGAGCACACCAAGAUAUCCUUUCAAAUUGGCCAGUCGCCCUCGGUGCCGAAGCCGAUCCAUUUUGGUACCAAGGAAGCCGAGGAGGUAGGAUUUGACAAGGUCGCCAAGAAACUGGCCGAUUUGCAUGAAUUACGAAUCGUUCUUCUCGACGGGCUAUGCGUUCGCCACGCCGUCAGUUCCCAGCUGUUGGAAGCGUGGAAAUCACCACCCCCCGAGCGCGGUAGGCCACGUGUAGGAACAGAAAUUCGCGACGUCUGUCCGAGUAUCAGGGAGCUGGACUUGAGCAGGAAUCUGUUCGGCUCGUUUCACGAGGUCGCAGCGAUAUGUGAGCAACUCGAACAUCUGAAGAUCCUGCGACUGGACGGCAAUCGCUUCGGUCAGGUGCGCAUAUCUAGCACGGAGCAGGACCACUUCAGGCUCAUCUUUGCGAGAGUCGAGAGCCUGAGCUUGGAGAGCACUCUUCUCUCAUGGGCGGAAGUCAAUUCGAUCAUUACUUGCUUUCCGUCGCUGAAAACGCUUUCGUUCUCAAGCAACGAGAUGAUCGCGCUCGACAAAUCCGUUCAACUGGCUUCCGCACCUUCGCUAUCCACCAUAAAGCUCGAAUCAAACAAGUUCAAUUCGUUGUCGGAUAUUGCUCCUCUCUCGCAGCUUCCGAGCUUGAGACAAGUCGUCGUGAAGAACAACAACAUAUCAUCCGUCGACACAGCAGAGGCUUCGGCCUUUGUUCCAGGCGUCACCGACCUGGACGUAUCCUUCAACUCCAUCACAUCCUGGAAAUUUGUGGACGAUCUCGGCAGAUUUUUUCCCGACUUGACCUCUCUCCGCAUCUCUCAUAACCCAUUAUAUGCCAAUCUUCAUACCCCAACUGGCCGAGAGCUUACUGCGGACGACGGGUAUAUGCUAACUAUCGCUCGACUACCCAAUCUCAAAGUGCUCAAUUUCAGUACGGUUACGGAAAAAGACCGUCUCAACGCUGAAUCAUACUACCUUUCCCUGAUUGUCCAGGAGCUCUCCCUCGCGCCGGAAUCUGAGGCCGAGACGAUCAAAAGCAGUCAUCCUCGAUGGGGGGAGCUCUGUGCUGAGUACGGUGAGCCGGUCAUCAAGAGAACGCAAGAUCAUGUGGACCCUAGGUCCCUCGCUGCACGGCUUUUGAAUUUGGAGGUGGAGCUAUCCGAGGAAGCAGCCGCAGUUUUCAAUUGCGAUCAGAGCUCCAGAGUGGCCAUCAGGAACAUACCGAAGCGCUUCAAUAUUUACUCUGUGCUAGGAAUUGUGUCGGAACGCUUUGGACAGCCAUACGUAACGCCGGGACUGAGUUUGUCAUUGAUCACGGAUGACUGGGAGGAAGUAAACAAAGAACGUGUCAGACGGACCGUCCGUCUGGUUCCUGAGACGAGAGGGAUUGGUACCUUUGUCGAGGAAAAGAACGGACACGUGAGGGUGGAAUACAAGAAGGUUACAAUUGAUAAUCAAGACUACCGGCAUCCCGUUGAACUUCCGCUGUAGGAACAGCUUGGUCGCACAAGAGGAGAUUUGGAAUUCUUUUUGCUUUAAUUUAGUGGGCUUGGAAGGAGCUCUUGCAGCUCGGCGACCACUCGCAUCUGGGAAUGACGGCCAUGUGCGACUAGAGAUGUGAAGGAGCGCAAUCUCUUGCGACGAGGUCAAUCGCUAAUCUGCCAUGCUCUCAAGUGUCUCGAUCGCCUAAAGCAGGAUUAGGAAUCAGCGUGAAGGGUGCGUCCUUACGACGCCCUUGAUACAACGAUUGCGGCUGGCGACAUGAAUGCUAUAGCUUGGUCUCUUUUCCGGACAUGCAAUGCCACUGAAGCUAUCGAAUAGACGUGGUCACAUCGGCUUCAUGCUUGAACACGUGAGCAAUCGCACGGUUUGCUUUGCGUGUAAUGAGCCUAACCUAUUUGAGAGUUGAUAUCUUAUAAACAAAAACAAGGGGCAUUGCUCACAACACACGCAGAAAAGAAAGAGGCAUUGGACGCACGCAGAAAAGAGGGAGGCAUUGGACGCACGCAGAAAGGAGAGAGGCAUUGGACGUACGCAGAAAGGAGAGAGGCAUUGG